AUGCUCGUCUCAACUGCUCUUCUCGCUCUCUGCUCGGCAGCCUUCACAGCAGCUACGCCUGCUCCAGCUCAAACCGCCGAGACGGACUUUAGCUUCUGGCUCGGCGGCCCUAUCCUCGAGAAAUGCCUCGCCGAAGGAAACUGCGAGGACCGCCUCCUCGACAACCCUUACUACGUCGAGGCCAAGAAGAACAAGCAUGCCAAGCGCUACAGUUGCCACGGCUCUAAAAUACAUACCGUCGUUACGACCGGCAAGAACUUUGUCAAGUUCGGUUCUUUCAACCCGUAUGAUCUGUUCCACCACGUGUACGACCUUUGUCACGAAGGCGGAUGCGACAGUGGCAGUGACUGGGCCCGAAGUACAAAGUACGUCACUGCAACGGGUAUCUACUCCAAGGACAUCAAAGUCAGUGCUCAGGGUGUUUAUUCCGGCUGGGAGAUGCGAAAUGCUCUUGCGCAGUCCCUGGCCGAUGCUUCUGGGCGCAAUCAGGUCUGGUCUGAGGAGGUUGCGUGCCCCAGUGGAGGAAGGGCGUGUUCGCGUGUCAAGGCCUGGCAGGGAUAUGCACCCAACUUUCAUCAGGCUGCUAUCUUCAACAACUGCAAUCAGUAUGGAUGGAUGAAUGCCAAGACUGAUGGUCUUACUGGAAUCACUUCGGGUGGAGAUUGCAAGUCGAUUGUUGAGAAGCUUGGAGCUAUUAUUGGGGAGGCGAUUCCUUACGGGGCCGGGACUAUUCCUCUUCUUGGUGCUCUUUGUGGUUAA